GUUAAGUUUUUUAACGUCAACAAAAAUGUCAACAAAUAAAUCACGUUAUGUUAUGAUUAUUUUGAUAGCAAACAUGCCACUUUGUUUUGACUCCAGACGUUAAGCGGACGACAAUCGUAAUUCUAAUAAAUUAUGAAAAUAUUGUACCUGUAUAUUAAAAAACAUAAAUCGGUGCGCUUGGGAACAGGAAGGAUGGUUAAGUUACUCAUCGUGAAGAUGAAGCCAAUGAUGUGUGUGUUUGGCCUGCAGAAAAUCAGGACUUUGUGCUCAAUGGCGAGGCCGAGCCCCCUGCGGCGAGCUGUGCUGUACGUCCCGGGAGACGACCUUCGCAAGCUGAACAAAGCGCGGUCGCUGGACGCCGACUGCAUUGCGAUGGACUGCGAGGACGGAGUCGCGAGCAACAGGAAGAAAAAUGCUCGGGACAACAUACGAAGUUUGCUCGAUGAAGGGAGCAUCUUGCAGCUGCCUUCCGAGUGGUGCGUGCGGGUGAACUCCGUCGAGAGCGGCCUCUGCGAGGAGGACUUGUCCGCGGUCCUGGGAGGAGACCGCACCCCUCCCACGCUCCUGCUGCCCAAGGUCGAAUCGACGGAUCACGUCCGGUGGUUUUCAGACAGGAUCUCCUCGGCCUUGCGCGGCCGGUCGAGCAAGAUCGACCUGGUGCUGUACAUUGAGUCGGCGCGGGCCGUCCUCCGCCUCCCGGACAUCUGCGCGAAGGCGGAGGAACUGUCGCGGGCCUCGCUCUUCCGCCCGGCGGCGCUCGUCUUCGGCAGCGACGACCUGUGCGCGAGCCUGGGAGUGACACGCACCACGGAGGCAAACGAACUGCUCUACGCCAGGCAGAAGCUGGUGUUGGUUGCCAAGGCCUUCGGUCUCCAAGCCAUCGACAUGGUGCACAUUGAGUACCAAGACCUGGAGGGGCUGAGGAGGCAGUGCGAGGCCGGGGCCGGCAUGGGCUACACGGGCAAGCAGGUGAUCCACCCCGCGCAGGUGCCCGUCGCUCAGGCGGCCUUCCUCCCGGCACCCGCCAGCGUGCAGCGCGCCCGCGCCGUCGUCGAGGCGUUCCGGCGCCACCAGGCGGAGGGCAAGGGAGCGUUCACUUACGAAGGAAGUAUGAUUGACAUGCCGACGGUGCUACAAGCGAGAAGAGUUCUAGAAGUAGCCACUUCUGCGAAGAACAAAUGAAAAUUACAGACAGUAAAGCAUUUCACUCAAAGUUAUAGGAGGUUAAUAAAAUUCAAUAAGCUGUACAUUAAUUUAAAAAAAUAAAAUAUGUUUGGUUUAAAAGUCAGUUAUGUAUAAAAAAAAAUGCACUGAUUUCUGGGGGAAAACAGUGAAUUAGUAAAAAAAUGAAGUUAUUUUUAAAUUGGGAUAUCAAUUAAAAUGUCUAUGUAUUUGCACAGUUUCUGUUGCUAAAAAUAAAACUGGGACAGUGUUACAUACUGUGCAUGUAAUCGUACAUAAUUUAUUUAAAUAAAAAACAUAUACUUUUAU